CAAUAUGUCGGAUAAAUCAAAUAUAUUUAUAUUGGAUUUCGAUUGUGUUUUUUUCGGCAUUUUCGUGGAUAAAUACUGGCCCAAAGAACAAAAACAUAUUGUCUAACACGUCGAGAUUUAAAGCAGAUCGAUCUCCGGGCUAUAGGAAGUUUUGAUGAUGUAAAGAAAACGAGAAACUUGGACGAUUUGGAUUACCUGAAGGAUAAAUUCUGUACAUUAUUGUAUCAAAACGUCAAAGUAUUUUGAAUUAUUGCCAUGUAUUGGAUUUAGUGGAUUUCCUGUAUUGGAACUGUUUACCAACACUCAAAUAUGACAGACGUUGAUGAUAUACAAAGUUUUAUUGCUGCACAAAAGAGAAGGAUUGAACAAGAACGUUCUGGCUUGAGUGAACCAAAUAUUGGUCAUCAAAAUGUUAUGCCAGUAAGUUAUAAAGAUCGCAAAACACAACAAGACAAUAUAACCAAUGUGAUAAGACAGGAACAACCCAAAGCCCCAAAAGAAACAAAAUCAUCUCCCAGUGUUCUGGAGUUGGGCUCAUAUGAGAAUGUACAAGAGAAAUUAAGAAAAGAGAGAGCUGAAGAGUACAAAAAAUUCUUGGCGGAGAAAAGUUACAGGACUAUUGGCAAAAAAUCCCCCAGAGAUAUCCCAGUGGAGAAGCCAUCAAUGAAAAGUGCAUUAAAACAGGAUUAUGCAUCACCCAGAGCUAACCAGGGCAAAUCUAACUCUUCCUUAAUGAAUGGUGAUGCCUAUGGUUCACAGAGAAGACCAUUGGAUGAUGCACCAGAGCCACAAAAUAGAUGGAGAGCCGCCGCCCGUCCUCAGAAAACGUUGGAUGAAUUGUAUGAUGCUUACGAAGAACUUCUUGAAAGAAAACGACAAGAUGAAAGAAGAUACAGGAGUGGUAUGGACGAUCCUUACCUAGAUUCAAGACAUGUUCGUUUCAACGAUGAAACUCCACGUAAAACUCCGAGAGAACCCUGGCUAGAGAACGGCACAAGGCGAAAAUGGGAUCAUCCUGACCAAGUCUCGGAUGGUUUAGCGGGUGGAAGGAGAUACACUAAUACAGAAUUCCAAGACUCGAGAACUUUGGAAGAUUUCCAAGAAAGAUCACGUGGUAGAAGACAAGUUGUUCCGGACGACAGAAUGUCCAGGUCAGCCCCACCCACAGCGGCACCCGCCAAACAAGCUGUACCCAUCUUUGGAGAGCACGACAUGAGUCCUGAGGUGAAGCAGCAACGGCAGACGAAAUAUCGCGAGGAACUUCAAGCUCAAAUGAAGGAAAGGGAAAUGCAGAAGAAACGGGAGAAAAACCACAUGUUUGUAGAUGAUUCUAGGAAGCAAGAUCUUGGAUUAAAUUCUUUGCCUAACGGAGAGGCAAGUCCUCGUAGACAUCAACCAUCAUUUCCAAGAAAUGACCAUCCCAGAGCUGACCAACCAUUUCAAGCACCGCCAGAUCUCGCCAGUCGGAGAUACGAACCAACUCUUCAACAGACCAACAAUCGUCCCAAUCAGAUGGCUUACGAUCAGCCGUACAAUUACUCACAUCUGAAUCAACCAUUAAACUACCCUUCGAGUUUAUUGUCCACAGGUCCGCUCCUGUCUUCCCUCAACCCGUCUUCUGGUUUGUUAGGCGGGUAUUCCAGUUCUCUUCGUGAACCAGUAGGCAUGUACCAGCCAAGCUGGGUAGCCGACAACGCUGGACUCGGACAGCGUACCACUGGACUGGUGACCAGUCUGGGGGAAACAGGAGGAAUGGGAGAUCCUGGGAUGAGGUCACGACUUAAUCAAAGUAAUGGACAUUUGGAAAAAGGUUUAUCAAACACAGGGUUUGGAAGUUUUGGCAGCACUUUAUCUCAAAGUGAUGGUGCGAAAGAAAAGGACAGAAGCAGGCAGCAGUCAUAUCGGGAGGAAUUGACAAGACAGAUGAUGGAAAAAGAAGAGAGAAAAAAGAAGGACAAAGCGGAAGUUGAAAGAUAUAACAUGAAACUCGAACGAGAGUUGGAAGAGUAUAAUCCCUGGGGCAAGGCUGGCGGCGGAGCGCCGUUGAAAGAUCAAACUGGACGAUUAGUGUCCGACCUUCGUCAGAUGCAUCAGUACAAUAAAGAAGGAACGAUUAUCAGUCCUAGGGAUCGUGGGAAGUCUCUCGAACCCUCCCUCGUUAAAGAAACCUUUAACACUUCCAGUGAAAUAAAAACGGAAGCGGUUAGCCCUGCAACAAAGGUAGACCAGUUUCAACCCUCUUCAAUGCAAAUGGAAAACAAUGACGUGCAGAAGAACGCGCAACAAGAAUACAAGGAUUACUUGAGACAGCAGGUUGAGGAAAAACAACGAAAGAAGAAAGAGGAAGAGGAACGUCUUCGAGAAGCAGAGGAACGACAGGAUAAAAUUAUUCAAGAACAGCAGAGGAAAUUAAAGGAAGAAUACGAGAAAGAACUGGAGGCAGCGAAACAAAAAGAGGAAGCAGCUCGUCUGAAGAACGAAGAGAUGAGAAAAGCUGCCGAGGAAAAGAAAAAGGAGACGGAAAGAAGAAGAUUAGAGGAAGAUCGAAAACAGGAGGAAAAGUUGCAUAAGCAACUGGAAGAACGAUUGAAGGCAGCCAAGGCUAACAAGACUAAUCGUUCAGGAUCUCCACCACUUCCCAGUGCUCAGAAUGCGGUGAGAUCAAGUUCCCCUCCUAUUCCGACGUUGCAGAAGCAAAGCGAGGUUCAAAGGUCACCUCCAUCACCGCCAAUACCAACACUCCAGAACAGGCAAAGAUCAGACUCGCCACCCAUCCCGACGCUGCAGAAUGGAACAGCAGAAAAACCAGGGGAAUUCAGUUCCAAUCUCCAACGGCAAUCAUCGUUUAAUAAACAGUCGUCUAGACCGCCAUCAAGUUCUAGACGUGAUCACCGGAGACCCGAGACUCCACCUUCAGCACAUCAAACCUUGAAACAAGAUGACCGUCAAGGUCGUCGUUCCCGGCCUUCGUCAGCAACCGCUGACAUCGAUGUUUUGAGCCAACUGACGUCACUAAGACGACAGUUGAAAAAGGAAGAGGUUAAGGUCCAACAACAACUAUCAGAAAACAAGGAGAAAUACGUCAAACUACGCGAGAACAGUGGAACUCGAAGGAACAAGAAAGCGGCAGAUGUUUUUGAUAAUGUCUUUCGAAGACAGCCAAAUAUUGCUCAAAAGUAUCAAGAUGCGCAGACUACUGGAGCUAUAAACGAAUUCAAUAAGCUAAAAUAUGAAGAUAACAGUUCUCUUCAUGGCGAUUUUCUGAAUCAGUAUCCAGAACCCGCAACGUCUCCCAGUACACUUGAUCUGCAACAGAAAUCCUUGCUUCAGGAGCAGCAGAAACGUUUAGAAUCGUUCAAAGACAAAGAAAAUCGAAAGUCGUUUGAAAAUCAUGCUCGGCCUCCAAGCAACACGUCACAACUAGAGUCUGAAAGCCAGUUUGUGCCUGUCGAUGAUCCGUCACAAGUUCCUCAGGGUGAGACUUCGAAGCCAUUCCUCAGGAAAUCAAGCGCAAGAGAACGAAGAAGAUGGAAAGACUUGGAAAAUUUAGCCAAGGCAUCAAAGCUUUCUGAUUACAAACCCCCCACCCCUGGUGGCUCAUCUCUCAACUCCGUCACAAGCUUCAAUGUUGACGAAAUCGCGCAGAAAAACGAAGAAAGACUUCGCAGACUGGAGGCGAUGAAACAAUCACGAGCAGAAUCUAAAGGUGAUCCCAAUGAAGUAUUAAAAAGAUUUAUUAAACAACACAGUCGACCGGAUUCCAAGUCGUCAGAAAACAGUCUCCCUGCUGAUAAACGGUAUUUACCAAAUAUGUAAAAACGAAGCAAUAUUCAUAUAUCAUUUUUAAGAGGAGAGUGCUUUAAAAUAUCACUUCUGUAUUGUGCAAGCAGAAAAAUUAGUCGACCAUAUUGUUUUUAACAUGUCUCACAAACACCACAUGGUAUUAAAUGAAUUUCAUCUUAAAUCCUAAAUACACGGAUUUAAUCCUUGAGAUUAGGUCUAGAAUUAGGAUUAGGUUAUUGAUCCGGGUGUAUUAUGGUUACGUUAUUCUAAAUCUAAUCCGAACCUAAUUUCAAGGAUUGGAUUUAUGUAUUUAGGAUUUACUGAACAUGCCG